AAUUAUUAUACCGGCAUACUCCAACAACAGGCCAUUCGGGGCAAGUGAGGAAUAUGUGCCUGUGUUCGCGAGAGCAUAUUGCGUGUUUGGACACAGGAUAUGCUUUUUUAUCUGAGGACAUAUCCAAGUGGGACAAGACAAACAAGAAAAGCUGAAAUAGGAUUUUAAAGGAUUAUCAGAAAGGGUUAUUCAACGUUGAAUCCUAUCACAGCUUUUUGCACAUUGCCUAGACCGACCUUUGACCUUUAGAUUGAUUAGAUUAGUUUCAGAAUGAGCUGUGAAUUGGGGGUAAUAAGAUGCUCUUCAGUUUCUUUCUUUAACCACACAGGUUUUGCUCUGAGAAGGACUGUUGGAUAAAUCUCCAGACUUUCAAGAAGCCAUACCCAAGACAGCGCUGCAAUCAUGGGGGAAUGGGGCUUCCUCGGUGGUCUCUUUGAUAGCCUCCAGGUCCACUCGCCGAUGCUUGGACGUUUCUGGCUCUUGUUGAUGCUUGUUUUUAGAAUUCUGAUCCUGGGAACAGUAGCCAGUGACCUGUUUGACGACGAGCAAGAGGAGUUUGCCUGCAACACCCUCCAGCCCGGCUGCAAACAGGUGUGCUACGACAUGGCCUUCCCCAUCUCCCAGUACAGAUUCUGGGUGUUUCACAUCGUCCUCAUCGCCACCCCUUCCCUGGUUUUCCUCAUGUAUGCCAUGCAUCACAACAACAAGAGGACCAGCCAAAAUAAGACCCAAGUCUACAGAGAAGAGCUCCGUUUAAGGGGGCUUUACAUGAUCAACGUGGGCUUCCGCAUGUUGGCAGAAAUUGGCUUUUUGGUGGGCCAGUGGAUGCUGUAUGGAUUCAAGGUGGAGGCCCAGUUCCCAUGUAGCCGCUUCCCCUGCCCCUACACUGUGGACUGCUUCACCUCCCGCCCUGCAGAGAAAACCAUCUUCCUCUGCUUCUACUUUGCCAUAGGGUUGAUAUCAGCGAUUUCCAGCUUUGUAGAAAUGUUCUACGGCUCCAUCAAGUGGUUCUGCUGCUCACGCCCGCCUCCCCUGACCCCGGAGAACCAGAACCAUGACAACUUUGAGAAAGAAGAAAAGACCGUGUCGGAGAGCCUGCGCGGCAGCAUGAGGCAUAAAGGAGGAACAGUGAGGAGCAACACGAGUAGGAAAAGCUCCAGCAUGGGACACAAAAGCAGGGGUGGCAGAUAUUUGAGCAGCAAGACAUUCAUGGUGUGAGACACACUUGAUUCAUUAUGGUGCAAUCACUUGUUUUUUACUAAAUGUUAUUAUUAUAUAAGUAAUUAUUGUUUGGCAUUUCACAUAAACGCAUCUCACUGUUAAUGGUAGAAGGAGACAUCAUAAGGAAAUGUUUAUGAGACAGUCAUAAGAGAAGGAAAUGAGCAAAGACGAGAGAGAACUGAUUGCACGUUGAACACUUGAUGACUUGUUUGGUCUCAUGAAUCAUUACAGACCGUAAAUACUUCAGGAGGGGAAACAACGGGAUUAAACUUGAUUGAGUUGUUUAACACUGAUUGCUCUUUGUUUGAAAGAGAACUGAUUGUACUUCCAUCAGACACACCCUUGAUUGAAGUCAAAAUCUGUACAUGAAGGAAAAUGUAACUGAAAUUAGGGAUGUCACAAUAUACCGUAUUGACAAGCCUGAUAUUUAAAUACACAAAUAAUGUUUGAUACACACUCAUUGUGUAUGCUUUUGUACAGUUAGGUUUAAAGACUUUCUGUCCACCUCUCUACACUUUCGAGAAAAGAGAUUUAAACGCACAAUGAGUAAAGGCUAAACAUGGUAGCAUUUUAUAUUUUCUUUAUUAUUGUGAAAAAUCGUUUUGACAUAUUAGAUUUAACCCAUAAGGACCCACCGUGACACAGGUGUCACAUGACCUUUAAAUGUUCUGGAAAGUUCCUUAUACACUUAGCCUUUAUUUGAUCUCAUGAAGUCCAUAAGUGACACACCAUGAACAGUCUGGUGGGUCAUGGUCCAGGUCAUUUGAUUUUGUGUUCCCAAAACAACAUGUCCAAGAUGUCCAUGUGCCCGAAUAACACCAUCAUUUCCAAAGCUUUUUUGCUUGUUGCUAAAGGUCAAAUUCAAGCCAUUUAAGAAUUAAAAUGCUUACAUAACAUGUCCUUUAUUACAUUUAACCUGUUGUGGAAACAUUUCUUGAUUAAAUUGAUAUGAAACAAAUGAGACAAACAUUGCUGUGACACUGAUGUCACAUCGGGACUUUAACCCUAAACUUUCACAGUAAACCCUGCGUGACAUAUAUGCACAGUUAGAGAUAUUAUUAUGAUCUGCUCAGUUAAUUUAGCUGAUUCAAUUAUAUUUAGUUAAUAUAUUCUUUAUUCUUCAAUUCAAAGAAUGUUCAAACUAAUUUAAACAAAAAAUCAUGCUCAUUAAUGAAGUUAUACAUAAGAGUUACCAUUAAAGCCCAAUGUGACAUAGGCCUAUAUGUCAAAUUUCAACUGCAAAUUUCAGAUAUUUGACACUAGGGGGGCCUACUUGUCAGAAUGUUCCAUGUGGUCCAUUUAGUCUAAAUUAUGUUCCCCUUCAUUUUCCCAAAAGUAGAAAUGGGGUUCUUAUGGGUUAAAUGAUCUGCUUUCUUACUGACAGUUAAAGCGGCUCAAGGGCACUCUGUAGCCAAGUAGCUUAGUAGCUUAGCUUAGACUGAAACACUGGAAACAGGGAAACAGCUAGCUUAAUUUGAUCGAUAGCUACCUAUCAACACUUUAUACAAUAUAGGCUAUCUUUUCACUUGUAAUACCCACACAAAACCAAUCAUGUGUAAAAACUCUAUUUUACGAUUUCAAGCCAAUCUCUGCUAUCUGCAGCUAGCUGUUAGCCCUUUCGGUGUUGUGCAAAGCUAAGCUGGGCUAACACUGGUUGCUCAGGUUUGACAUUACCUCCAUGUAUCUUUAACAUGACCAUAAUUCAUGGAUUAUAUUUCUUGUAAUGCUAUACCUUAUAGGCCUACACUAAUUUCCUUUUGACAUGGCUGGAUGGUUUAUUGGUGCAAUGCAUGUGAUGAAGUAGGCUAUGGUGACUUUCACACAGCUUGUUUCUGAUUAUUAUUAUUAUUAUUAUUAUUAUUAUUAUUAUUAUUAUGAUAUAAGAGACUGUUGUUGCUUCAUGUCAGAAACAAGCUGAAUGGCAUUGUUGCUUUGUUCCUCCUGCACGACGUUAAUUCCAUUGUAUUGUAAAUGUUGUCCUACCUAUGAUGAAAAAGACUUCAAUCAAACCUGCCUCAUAUUAUCACGUUUCACCUGCAAUACAUGAAUAUUAAAGUUCCCCUAUAGU